CUCUUUCCCUCUUUAUUACUCAUAAAAUCAAAAAGAAGCAAUAGCAAAAACUCUCAAAUUUCACAUAACAAUGGCCAGGCACAACAUUCUCCUCAUGGCUUCCCUUCUUGCAUUAGUUCUCUUCAUUUCUCAAGCAACCGCGACAAGGAAAUCAGAUAGGCCAGACGAAAGAUGCCGCAUGCAACUCCAGAGGUUGAACCUAAAUCACUGCGAGAAACACCUAAUGCAGAGGAUUCAGAAGGAGGACGAGGACGUGCUGAGAAUGAGGGGAAUCAACUACCAAGAAGAAGAUCUCAAGGAGAAGUGUUGUAAUCAGCUUAGUGAAGUUAACAAUAAGGAAUGUAGGUGUAAUGCUUUGCAAGAGAUAAUGGAGAAUUUGAGUGAUAGGUUGGGAAAGAGGGAAAUGUAUGAGAUGGAGAGGGAGGUGAGGAAUUUGCCUAAGAGGUGUAAUAUUCCACAAUCUUCUGAGUGUGACUUGAGCUUUGAUCAGUACUAAAAAAUAAGUAAGGGAUAAUGUGAUAGCUUAAUUAUUAUAAUAUUAAUUAAGCUAUCUUUCUAUGAUUUUGUAAUGUAAUAAAGAUCAUUGGUGAAAAUGAUCAUGAAAUGAAAGCACAUAUGGAGAGUGUGCUUUAUCACUCUUUUGUCUA